CAGCUUUCCUCGCGGCGAUGGUGGCGGUGGCUUUCGCAGGCGACGACGACAACAACAGAGGCGACAGCUGGAAACCUAAGAGCUUCACCUCCGCGCUGGUUGGGGCUAACGAGAUUCCCAAGAAUAACUCCGAAGCUGCCAGGAACGCCGUUGGGGACAAGCGCGGCACUGUGGAUAUGAAGCUGGACAUUCAUAA